AUUUGUCUCCGCUGCCAUCAUCUGUACAACUCUCAGCGAGACAGCGAUAGCUUUCAUUCUCCUGCUAGUCUAUUCCAUUUUAUGGCAGCUACCCAGUUACCCUUUUAUUCCUAUUUCUCCAUUCCCUGAUUAAGAUUUCUUCCAGAUUUUGAUUGUUUUGCUUAUUAAAGUGGCCGAUCAAGGACCAACUUGAUCUCUCACCUACUUUCUCCAUUUUCACUCAUCACUAUCCUCCCUCUCUUUUCAAUCUGGGUGGUGUAUUUCUUUUCAAUUUAGAUCUGUGAAUUGUUGUUAGUGAUUUUUUUUUUGGGUUUCUUUUUAUCACUUUCAAUUGGAAAAAUGGCAGCUGCGGCCCAACUCCGAUGCUCUGUUUUUGCUAGACAAUAUUCAAGUUCUUCUUCCCAGAAUUCUCGCAUCUCUAAUCUCAAUUGCCCUGAUGCUUCUUUCCCAUUUUCUGAUCCUCAAAAUCAUUCCCUACGCCUUCUUCCUCGCCCCAAACUUUAUAAGCCUGAGUUUUUGCAUGGUGGAGGCAAUGGCAGCAGCGGAAUAGGUCGCGGAUUUGGUGGAGGUGGAGGUGGUGGCGGCGGCGGCGGCGAAAGUGGAGGGUGGAGUGGUGAUUCCGAUUUCGAGAAUUCGUCAUCCUCGGGAUUUGGAAUUCUUGGUCUCUUCCUGAACGGCUGGCGAUCUAGAGUGGCUGCUGAUCCACAGUUCCCUUUCAAGGUUCUAAUGGAGGAAUUGGUGGGUGUCUCCGCUUGUGUUCUUGGUGACAUGGCUUCACGUCCUAAUUUUGGACUCAAUGAACUUGACUUCGUUUUCUCGACUCUGGUCGUUGGUUCCAUAAUGAAUUUCACUCUCAUGUACCUUUUGGCACCUACUGCGUCUGCUGCAAGUACCACUCUCCCUGCCAUCUUCGCAAAUUGCCCAACGAGCCACAUGUUUGAGCCCGGUGCUUUUUCCCUCAUGAAUCGACUGGGUACUUUUGUGUACAAAGGUACCAUCUUUGCAACUGUUGGUUUCGCCGCCGGACUGGUAGGAACCGCAAUCUCAAAUGGCUUGAUUGCGAUGAGGAAGAAGAUGGAUCCAACUUUUGAAACGCCAAACAAGCCACCUCCAACAGUUCUAAACGCAGUGACAUGGGCUCUUCACAUGGGCAUUAGCAGCAACUUGAGAUACCAAACCCUGAACGGGAUAGAGUUUUUGCUACAGAAGGGGCUGUCUCCUCUGGCGUUCAAGAGCUCAGUGGUGGUUCUUAGAUGCUUGAACAACGUUCUGGGUGGAAUGUCGUUUGUUAUACUGGCAAGGUUGACAGGGUCGCAGAGCAUCGGAGAAGCAAAACCUGUUGGGGCUGAGGGCGCAGAGAAGGAGAAGUUGCUUGAUGGGGAGGAGCUGCACAGCAAUCAGUCGACUUUCAAGUGAAGAAAUGAUCACUCUUGUUAUCCACAUUUUUAUAUGGGCAAUAAACAUCCAAUGUGAGGAGUCUUGUCCGGGAAUAAAGUUUGUCAUUUAGCUUGUA